UUUAAGUAUUUAUCAUCCACUUCUCUUUCAGACUCUGAGCCUCCAGAGGGAAGCACACUGGACAUUGACUUCAUGGAACUUGGAUAUGAGUCCAUGAAAUCAGAGACCUCCCACAAGAGACCCUCCCUGACCCUUCAGCCUCAUCGACUAUCAGUCCCUCUACCUCAAACCCACUGCCACAUGCAAUGGAAACUCCUAUGUCCCCCAGCCUUUCAUAGCCCCGCUAACCCAAAGGGUGUUUGGCCAUUGGCUCAGUUUGCUGAAGGGGAGCCGAUGUCCUUCUUUCAAUGGCAGAUACAACAGGAAGAGGAGAAGUUGGCAGGCCUCACCCCGAGAUGCUCACAAGCCAGGAUAAUGAUGGAGACACGUCAGUUUUGGUGUAUUCAUCAACCCGUUGUAUACAUUUGCCUUUUUAGUCUAAGCCACUAUGCAUACUCAACUCAGUUAUUUUUCUAACCCAGUGGCCUCCAACUCUGGUCCUGGGAGGUACGGGUGUGCAGGGUUUUGUUCCAGCCUAGCACAGUAUUUGAACACAAACCUGCCACACCCUGUAGCUCUCCAGGAACAAGGAUGUUAGUGACCACUGUUCUAAUCCAUCAUGUGACCUAUGCUUGCCAGACAUUUAUACCUUAGAAAAAAGCUGCUAUCUAGAACCUAAAAGGAUUCUUCGGUUGUCCCAAUAGGAGAACCCUUUGAUGAACCCCUUUUGGUUCCAUAUAGAACACUUUUGGUCCCAAGUAGAACUCUUCCACAGAGGGUUCUACAUGGAACCCAAAAGGGUUCUACCUGUAACCAAAAAGGGUUCUAUAUGGAACCAAAGUAAGUUCUCCUAUGGGAGAGCCGAAGAACCCCUUUGGAACCCUUUUAUCUUAGUGUAGAUUGUUUUAUCUCUGUGUUGCCAGAUUCUUGCACAUAACUGUGGCACAGGGCAGAAGGGCUCUAGCUUAUGUGCUGGCCAGCAAGAUGGCUACUGUCGGCAUGCUGGAUAUGAAGGAGCACAAUGGCCAGACCAUCCAAAGAGCUCUGAAGGGUAAAGGACAGGAGCUUAAUGUGGAAGAAGUCAACUAUGAUGGCCUAACUCCUCUUCAGACAGCGGUCCGGUCUCACAAUGCGGUUGUCCAGGAGUUGGGCCAUAUGGCGGCACCCCCCAGUCCCUGGGGUGGUGGAGUUGAUUCAGAGAAGGAAGCUACUGGGGCAGUGUGUCAACACACUGCUGCUCAUGGGAGCCUCCUGUGCAACUAAGGAUCAUAAAAGUGGCCGCACCUCCCUGCACAUGGCUUCUCAGGAGGCCAAUGUGGAGCUUUUACGCAUCUUCCUCGACCAGCCAGACUCUCUGUCUAUCGUCAAUGUCAAGUCAUUCAGUGGAAACACAGCACUGCACUUUGCCAGUUCUGUGCAUGGUCGCGUGACUCAGGUAGAUGCUGUGAAGCUGCUGAUGAGGAGAGGGGCUGACCCCAGCUCCAAGACCUGGAGAAUGGCAGCCUGCCCAGCUGGUGGCUGAAGGCCCGUCGGAGACCAGGUGAAUAAUGCCCCAAAAUGGUUCUUCGGGUGUCCCCUUCUGUAGAAAUGGUUCUACACGGAACCCAAAAAGGUUCUACCUGGAACCAAAAAGGUUCAAACAUGGAACCAAAAAGGGUUCUCCUAUGGGAUAGCCGAAUAACCUUUUUAGGUUCUAGAUAGUACCUUUUUUUUCUAAGAGUGUAAGCCGUCCAUGAUCGUGCAGGGUACAAAAGUACAGCAUGGUUCUACGUUGAUGCCAUUGCUGGAAAAAAAUCUCUAAGAUACCAGCAACAGUUGAACCCUCCCUCUGUGGGAGCAUUUAAUGGUGUUUGUAUCU